AUGUUGAUUAAAUAUUUCAACGUCGGAAGUGUUUUUUUCCUUUUGUUGACAAAUAUAUAUCUCAUACUACGUCAGUUAAACAAUAGUCAAUGUUCUAUAGGAAACACAUACGAUUUAGAAUACGUAAAAAAUUAUCAAGAUGAUCAAAAUAAAUUUGAUAAAAAGGAAACGGAAGAAGUACAGAAACCGUCAUAUUCCGAGUAUAACGUUAAAGAUUACGAAAUAAGCGAAGGAUUCGAAAUAGGUUUUAACGUGAGUUUCGAUUUGGGUCGAUGGGAUAAAAGUAAAUCGUUUAAAAUGUUCGAUUACGUACACGUGGGAGAAGAAUAUGGAAGUCUAUCGAAAAAAUAUAUGGUUUGCAUGGCUACUCAAAGUUCUAUAGAAAAAUUACAUUCCAUAGCACAAGUAUCCGAACAUUGGACGGGUCCUAUAUCGGUCGCAAUAUACGCAGCCGGAGACGAAGAAUAUUAUUUAUUACAUUGGUACGUUCAUUUUUUAAAAAAUUGUUAUCCUUGGAUAAGUAAAAGAGUGAGUUUUCAUUUGGGAGUGCCCAAAUUGAGAAUACCAACGGGUAAAUAUCCGGAAAAUUUAAAAAAUCUUAAAAUAAACAAUUACAAAUGCAGAGAUUAUAAAAACGUGUUGAAAGAAAUAAUUAAAUUAAGGCCAGUGGAAAUAGUUAAAUGGAGAAUGAAAAAUCCAUAUCCGCAAAAUCACAUGAGAAAUUUAGCUAGGAAAAAUUGUCAGAGCGAUUAUGUUUUUUUAACCGAUGUCGAUAUAGUGCCUAGUUUUAAAUUAGCAGAUAAUUUAAAUAAAUUUUUAAAAACUGCUAAAAAAACUUGUAAAAAUAAAUGCGCGUACGUUAUACCAACUUACGAAUUGGAUAGCAGAACUGAUUUUCCUAAAAAUAAAAGCGAAUUGUUAAGGCUGUCGCAAAAAGGUUUGGCAAGAGCUUUUCAUCAAAAAGUUUUCAUUUACAAUCAAUUUGCAACAAAUUUUUCUAAAUGGGAAUCCUUUGUCGAUUCUUCAGAAGAUGAAAUAAUAAUAAGUCAUGACGUAACAAAUUUUGAAUUUUUAUAUGAACCUUUUUACGUGGCUCCAGAUACGGUACCGGAACACGACGAACGAUUUUUAGGUUACGGAUAUACAAGAAAUACUCAGGUGUACGAAACUUUUGUCUCUGGAUAUCAAUUUCAAGUUUUAUCACCUGUUUUUACCAUACAUUGGGGUCUUCAGGGUCGAAAAGAAAGACCGCCAUGGCGUGAAAGACAAAACAGUGUAAACAGAUUUAGAUUUGAAUUGUUUAAAGGAGAAAUUUUUGCGAAAUAUCGUAAUGAUCCGUUGAAAAUGAUUGGAUAA